GAAUCCGAGCGGAGGGGGGAUUUUCUCUUUCCGCUUUCCUGGGUCUGAGCUGGGGGAGACGCAAGGGGGAAGCCGCCGAGUUGGGUGAUGCGUGCGUGAGCGCGCGGGCUUUUGCUUUGGCGAUGGGCAGAGCGACCUACAAGCCUCUGGGUGGCACCCCCGGCUCUCGGCCCUUGUAUGGAAGUGGGAGCGGAGCCUGGAGGGAGCCAGGACUGUGAGCUCAGGGCUGUCAGCGCGCAGACACGACCCGGCUGCGGGCAAGUUCACCAAGCCGGAGGAGAUGGCGGCGGGAGAGAACCCGCUGUGGGGGGAGUCAGCAGGCAGGACUCGCCGACGGAGCACCCUCUCCCAGCGGCAUGGGGCACCGGGUGGGCUGGAGGCGCCUCUCGCGGGGUCCCCUCGUCACCGGUCUCUGCAGGGGGGAGUGCUUCAAGAAACUUUCUGGAAUGGAAUGAAUAUGUCGCCUCUGCUUCUGGGGAGGGUGGUGGUGUCUGAAAACAGAAUGAGCAGAGGGCGAAGGGAAGGGUGAUUUUGUUAACUGACAUGUUGGUCCGGGCGGUUUUAAAACUCUUCGUUUGUCAGGUGGGAACAGAGGCAAGGGUGAUGGCGGAAGCUUAUGGAACGCGGGGUGGAUGUGAGGUGGGUCGGGCUGCGCUUGACAGUCUGCCUGUAGCCUCAUCCUCUCCCCCAUUUCCUUGCCGUCUUCCAAUGCCCGCAUCCUCCUCCCCUCCCGUUUUUGGUAUGUUCCUGCUAUGGGACUGUCCCUGAAAGCACAAAAGGAUGAGCUGGGAUCUUUGAAUAGAACAGAGACGCUGAAGGAAGGCUCUGAAAUAGCCUACAAACCUAAGUCAGGGUGGGCAAUGGACUUCUUUGCAAGUUUAAGCCCAGAAUAAAGGAAAAUGAGUUUAUACUGCAGCAACACACAGAAUCGCAAGAUAGAAGAAAAGGCUUCCCAAAAUUGAAGGUUGCCCGGCAUGAAGGUUAUGCCCUCUUUCAGGGUGCAGAGGGGUCCUUCUGUCUGGAAUGGCUGGACAUGUACCCCUGUCUGGAAGCAGAGGGUGACCUUACUGGUCUUGGGGUCUUUUUUAGCUUCAAGUGCUCUGUGUGUGGUUAGUUAAGGACCUAGGUCUAGAGCCAUAUGACUGGGAUUCGAAUUCUGGCUCUGCCACCUGCUGACCCUGUGACCUUGGGCAAAUUCUCAACCUCUCUAAAUGUCACUUGCCUCAAUAGAAAAUGUGCUAACAGUAUGCGCUUUUAGGGUUUUUCGGUGGACAUGAGUGUUAUAAGGAAACAAACAACUACCUGUUAUAUAGUAUGUGCUCAGGAAAUAUUAACAUCAUUUUCUCAGUGUCCCUGGGAUUCCAGGAUCCUCCUCAGUUUCUUUCCCUUGGGCCAUUCAGGGCACUAGGAGCUGGGAAUAUGUUGCAGGGAAGUUCAGAAGGCUGCCCAUGUCAGGAAGUAAGACCCCUUUCUGGGCUGACCUUGUCUGGGCAGAACCUCUUGUCCCUGGCAUCCCAGGGACACGUGUGCAGGGUGUGCAGGCCUCAGAGCUGCUCAGAAGUCCUUUGCAAGGUCUCCAAAGCUGGAAUGUUAUCAGUGGCCAGAGGUUUAUGGAAGGACACAGCCCGGGAGGUGAGGGCUUACAGCACACAGCCUCUGGAGAGAGAGGGUGGGUGCCCGCUCGUGUGAGCAGCACCAGCCAGUGUUCACAUGCUAGUGAGGCUCCCUGCGAGAGCUCAGCUGUUCCCUGACUGGCAGAGGUGACUUCUGGGGAAGUCCCUCAGCAGGAGGGACUUUGAGAUGCCACCCUUGGGAAUUGGCCAUAGCAGGGGCUACUCCGGCAGAGGGGAAAAAGGGAUGAUGUUGUGUUGGGACCCAACUCCAUCAGCCCUCGGGUGUGGGACAGAGGUUGGAAUGGGCUCUUCUUUUUGACUUUGAGUGUGUGUGCCUAGGAGGUGGUUAAGGUCAGUGGACAGGUUGGGGAGUGUGGAGAACAGAGAGGCUGGAGUGCUACACAGAACCUGGAAGACAGUGAUUGGUGUAGACUCAGUAGCUCAGACGGCUGCUGAGCCCGCCCAGGGGAGUUCCUACUCUGUGGGAGGACCCUGGGCCGUGCUUAGCUGACUGUGGACCUUGGAUAGGGGAGGCAAGUCUGGGACUUUCCUCCCACGCCUGCCUUCUCUGUCUGCCACAGAUUCCGUGGUUGCAUUAUCCCUGACUACAGUGUCCCCAAAUACAAUGAGGUUCUGACUCAGAUCCUGCUACUAGUUGGACCAUUGCCCUCUACUUUCUACCUGGCCUUGACCUACCCUUCUUCCUUUUGGUAAUGAAGAUGGGAGGGUGGAGGUUUGGACUCAGAGGUUGCUAUCAAGACCCCGUGGUGAGCCUAUCAGCUGAGAAGGACUUAACUCAGGAAGUGGUCAGUGGAUGGAUGGAUGUGUGUGUGUGUGUCCUCAGCACACACACGCUGGGGACAGGAGUGUGUCUGGCAGCCUGUGCCCUGGGGGAUGUGAAAAGGGCUUGGCUGAGGGCAGUGGGAAAAUCAGCUUUCAGCUGCGGGCCUGUGGCCCUGCAUGUGCUGGUCUUGGAGUUGCAGGGUUCCAGACCUGGAGUGGUUUCGUGUUUCUGGCUCUGAGACAGAAAGCUGGGAUCUGGUUACAAAAGAGCAGAGGCUGGCUGGCUGGAAGAUUCUGAGCCCCAGCAUCACUCUGGCCCUCACUCCAACCUCCUGUGCCUUUGCCCUCUCCCCAGCCUGGGUGCUGGCUUGUGUCUUCUUCCUUGGCCCUCUCUUCCUCAGCCCUGCUGGCUGCUCCCUGCUGGGUGCUUCAAGAUGUGGGGGUGGGAGAUAAGCUCUAAAGAGGGCUGGGCCUGAGAUUUAAGGUAGCCCUCUCCACAUCCUGUGGCCUUCUCAGGCUGGGGUGCAGGGUACUUAGGGAGCAGUCCCCUUCCACCUGCUUCCUAGAAGAGUGAAGCAGCUUGUGUGAAGAGUGGAUCUGAAUGGUCAAAGAGCUGCAACUGUUGACAGCUUCCAGCUGUCCAGAAGUGUGUGUGCGCACACAUGCAUAUGUGUGCACUUGUGUGUGUGCAUACACACAUGUUCCUAUAUGUGUGUACAUAUGUGUGCCCCUGCAUGUGUACAUAUAUGUGCCCCGUGUGUGUAUGCAUGCCAGCAUGUAUAUGCAUUGCAUAUGUGUGCACACCUGUAUGUGUGUGCACAUGUGCCCAUCCGUGUGAAACUUGUAUGUGUGCAUGCUCACAAGUGCUUGAGUGCCUGUGUGUUUGUGUGCACGUGCGUGGAGUGGCAAGGUGGGGAAUUUAGUGUGCAGACACGAGGUGGGGGCCGCUCCUCUCCGUGCUGCAGCCCUGAGAGCAGAGAGACCCUUGGAGCCAACUUCUUGCCUUCGUAUCCCCUCCCACUCUGCCGAGGUGCCCUUGGUGCUGGAGUCUAGGCAGCACGGAGGUUAUCCGGAGCCCGGGCCUGUCUGUCUCGCUGAGGGUGUGGCUGUGGUCUCAGUUGCUCACUCCAGAGGACUCUGGGGUUGGACAGGCAGCUUAUGCCCAUUCCCCACAAGGCGCUGCCCAUGGGUGUGAGCCCAGUGUGCUGGAGGCAGCUGACCUAUUUUUCUUGGGAAUCUUCCUGCUUUUCUAUUCUCUCUUGCGUGAAUAAGCAGGAGAUGGGGCCUCCAAGAGGGCUCUGGAGAAAGAGUCCAUGUGCGCCAGGGCUGGGAGGAGUCUCAGCCGGCCUGACUGUCCUUUCUGAGAAGGCCCCGCUCAGCCUGGCUUUCGGUCCCCCGUGGCCCCUUGCCUCCCUCCCAGCCGUGUAUGCCGCUGAGAUGGAGUGGGGGCCUGUGACUUGCACACAGGCACAGACUGUAUGAGGCGCCCACGGCCUGCGAGAGGAGCCCGAGUUUGUGACGGCAAGAGCUGGGGAGAGCGUGGUCCUACGAUGCGACGUGAUCCACCCAGUGACCGGACAGCCCCCACCCUAUGUCGUAGAGUGGUUCAAGUUCGGGGUCCCCAUCCCUAUCUUCAUCAAGUUUGGCUACUACCCCCCGCACGUGGACCCUGAGUAUGCAGGCCGGGCCAGUCUUCAUGAUAAGGCAUCUCUGCGGCUGGAACAAGUUCGCUCUGAGGACCAGGGCUGGUACGAGUGCAAAGUGCUCAUGCUGGACCAGCAGUAUGACACCUUCCACAACGGCAGCUGGGUCCACCUCACCAUCAACGCCCCUCCCACCUUUACAGAAACACCCCCCCAGUACAUCGAGGCCAAGGAGGGUGGUAGUAUCACCAUGACCUGCACAGCUUUUGGGAACCCCAAGCCCAUUGUCACGUGGCUCAAGGAGGGGACACUCCUCGGUGCUAGUGGGAAAUACCAGGUGAGUGAUGGCAGCCUGACAGUGACAUCGGUCAGUCGGGAGGACAGAGGUGCCUACACCUGUCGAGCGUACAGCAUUCAGGGGGAGGCUGUCCACACCACCCACCUGCUUGUCCAAGGGCCCCCUUUCAUCGUCUCCCCUCCUGAGAACAUCACCGUCAACAUCUCCCAGGAUGCUCUGCUCACCUGCCGGGCAGAGGCGUAUCCGGGCAACCUCACCUACACCUGGUACUGGCAGGACGAGAACGUCUACUUUCAGAAUGACCUGAAGUUGAGGGUGCGCAUCCUAAUCGAUGGGACCCUGAUCAUCUUCCGGGUGAAGCCGGAGGAUGCUGGGAAGUACACCUGUGUGCCCAGCAACAGCCUGGGGCGCUCCCCCUCCGCCUCAGCGUACCUGACGGUGCAGUACCCAGCCCGUGUCCUCAACAUGCCCCCUGUAAUUUAUGUGCCCGUGGGGAUCCAUGGCUACAUCCGCUGCCCUGUGGAUGCAGAACCACCAGCCACCGUGGUCAAGUGGAACAAGGACGGCCGCCCCCUGCAGGUCGAGAAGAACCUGGGUUGGACCCUGAUGGAGGAUGGCUCCAUUCGAAUUGAGGAGGCCACAGAGGAGGCUCUUGGCACUUACACCUGUGUGCCUUACAACACCCUGGGGACCAUGGGCCAGUCUGCCCCUGCGAGGCUUGUCCUGAAGGACCCCCCCUAUUUCACGGUGCUACCAGGCUGGGAGUACAGGCAGGAGGCCGGCCGGGAGCUGCUUAUCCCCUGCGCGGCUGCGGGGGACCCCUUUCCUGUCAUCACGUGGAGAAAGGUAGGGAAGCCCAGCAGAAGCAAGCACAGUGCCCUGCCCAGUGGGAGCCUACAGUUCCGUGCCCUGAGUAAGGAGGACCACGGGGAGUGGGAAUGUGUUGCCACCAACGUGGUCACGAGCAUCACUGCCAGCACCCACCUCACCGUCAUCGGCACCAGCCCCCAUGCCCCGGGCAGUGUCCGGGUCCAGGUCUCCAUGACAACUGCCAACGUGUCCUGGGAACCAGGCUAUGAUGGAGGCUACGAGCAGACAUUCUCAGUUUGGUACGGACCUCUGAUGAAGCGGGCACAGUUUGGGCCCCAUGACUGGCUGUCCUUGCCAGUGCCGCCAGGACCCAGCUGGUUGCUGGUGGAUACCCUGGAGCCUGAGACAGCGUACCAGUUCAGCGUCCUGGCCCAGAACAAGCUGGGAACCAGCGCCUUCAGUGAGGUGGUCACUGUGAACACUUUAGCAUUCCCUAUUACAACUCCAGAACCCCUGGUGCUGGUCACCCCACCGAGGUGCCUCAUAGCCAAUCGGACUCAGCAGGGUGUGCUCCUGUCCUGGCUUCCGCCUGCCAACCACAGCUUUCCCAUCGACCGCUACAUCAUGGAGUUCCGCGUCGGGGAGCGCUGGGAGAUGCUCGACGAUGCCAUCCCCGGCACUGAUGGAGAGUUCUUUGCCAAGGAUCUGUCACAGGACACGUGGUACGAGUUCCGGGUUCUGGCCGUCAUGCAGGAUCUGAUCAGCGAGCCCAGCAACAUCGCCGGCGUCUCCAGCACAGACAUCUUCCCGCAGCCGGACCUGACCGAGGACGGGCUGGCGCGGCCUGUGCUGGCGGGAAUCGUAGCUACCAUCUGCUUCUUGGCAGCUGCCAUCCUGUUCAGCACCCUGGCUGCCUGCUUUGUCAACAAGCAGCGCAAGCGUAAGCUCAAGCGCAAAAAAGACCCUCCACUCUCUAUCACCCACUGCAGGAAGAGCCUGGAGUCUCCCUUGUCCUCUGGCAAGGUGAGCCCUGAGAGCAUCCGCACACUCCGGGCGCCCUCAGAAUCCUCGGACGACCAGAGCCAGCCUGCGGCCAAGAGGAUGCUGAGCCCCACCCGCGAGAAGGAGCUGUCGCUGUACAAGAAGACCAAGCGGGCCAUCAGCAGCAAGAAGUACAGUGUGGCCAAAGCGGAGGCCGAGGCGGAGGCCACCACGCCCAUCGAACUCAUCAGCAGAGGCCCUGAUGGCCGCUUCGUGAUGGACCCUGCCGAGAUGGAGCCCUCUCUGAAGAGCAGGCGCAUCGAGGGCUUCCCCUUCGCCGAGGAGACGGACAUGUACCCCGAGUUCCGCCAGUCGGACGAGGAGAAUGAGGACCCACUGGUGCCCACAUCUGUGGCCGCCCUGAAGUCCCAGCUCACCCCUCUGUCAUCCAGCCAGGAGUCCUACCUGCCACCACCAGCAUACAGCCCUCGGUUCCAGCCCCGCGGGCUGGAGGGCCCCGGUGGCCUGGAAGGUCGGCUUCAGGCCACAGGCCAGGCCCGGCCCCCUGCCCCCCGGCCCUUCCACCACGGCCAGUAUUAUGGGUACCUCAGCAGCAGCAGCCCUGGGGAGGUGGAGCCGCCCCCAUUCUACGUGCCAGAAGUGGGCAGCCCCCUGAGCUCCGUCAUGUCAUCCCCGCCCCUGCACACCGAGGGGCCCUUUGGCCACCCUACCAUCCCCGAGGAGAAUGGAGAGAAUGCAUCCAACAGCACGCUGCCCUUGACUCAGACACCUACAGGAGGGCGCUCCCCUGAGCCCUGGGGCCGGCCAGAAUUCCCCUUCGGGGGGCUGGAGACCCCAGCAAUGAUGUUCCCCCACCAGCUGCCACCCUGUGAUGUGCCCGAGAGUCUGCAGCCCAAGGCCGGCCUCCCCCGAGGACUGCCCCCCACCUCCCUGCAGGUGCCCGCAGCCUACCCGGGCAUCCUGUCUCUGGAGGCACCAAAGGGUUGGGCAGGCAAGUCGCCUGGCAGGGGCCCUGUCCCAGCGCCCCCCGCCGCCAAGUGGCAGGACAGACCUAUGCAACCUUUGGUAAGCCAAGGGCAGCUGCGACAUACAAGCCAAGGCAUGGGCAUACCCGUGCUGCCUUACCCCGAGCCGGCUGAGCCGGGGGCGCACGGCGGCCCCAGCACAUUUGGCCUGGACACCCGGUGGUAUGAGCCCCAGCCCCGGCCCCGGCCCAGCCCCCGGCAGGCCAGGCGCGCCGAGCCCAGUUUACAUCAAGUGGUGCUACAGCCCUCCCGGCUCUCACCUCUGACCCAAAGCCCCCUCAGCUCCCGCACUGGCUCCCCUGAGCUCGCCGCCCGUGCCCGGCCUCGCCCGGGCCUCCUGCAGCAGACAGAGAUGUCAGAGAUCACCCUGCAGCCUCCUGCUGCAGUCAGCUUUUCUCGAAAGUCCACGCCAUCCACGGGCUCCCCGACCCAGAGCAGCCGCAGCGGGAGUCCCAGCUACCGGCCCGCCAUGGGCUUCACCACACUGGCCACAGGCUACCCUUCCCCUCCACCUGGCCCCGCCCCUGCUGGGCCUGGGGACAGCUUGGACGUGUUUGGACAGACGCCUUCCCCUCGAAGGAUGGGGGAGGAACUGCUCCGACCAGAGCCCCCACCACCCACGUUACCUACUUCAGGAACACUUCCACCUGCUCCCGAGAACGCUGCUGCACCUGAGAGGCUGGAGGCUCUGAAAUACCAACGGAUAAAGAAGCCCAAAAAGUCAUCCAAGGGCUCUUCGAAGUCAAAGAAACGAUCCGACGGUUCUGCCUCCCAGGCUCAGCAGCUUCCCAACUCUCAGGUUCUGUGGCCCGAUGAAGCUGUCUGCCUCCGAAAGAAGAAGAGACAUUCUCGUCCUGACCCCUUUGCCCGGCUCUCAGACUUGUGCCACCGCCAGCUUCCGGAAGACCAGACAGCGAUUCUCAACAGUGUGGACCACGAUGACCCAGGCCAUGCCACUUUGCUGUGACUCCACCCCACCCUAGGUGUCCCCAGGGCGAGGUUGCUGGGCUCAGGCAGGGAGGGCCACCGUGUGGGGGUGUGUCCUCCUGCGCCUGCCAAGGACGGCCCGGAUCUUUGUCCUGCAUGCCCCGUCUUUUGCCAGAGUGGGCGUCUCCCUCCAGAUUCUGGCCACCUGUCUUCCGGACGGAGGGCGGGCAGACCUUCCACCUGUGGGUCGAGGUCAGGAAGUGGAUUGGAGACUGGGCAACACCUGUCUCCUCCCCUCCGCCCCCUGCUUUACUCGGUUGAUUUUUCUCAUCUCUUCCAAUGUCUUUGGAAGUGAAGAGGAAAGCACGGCUUUUACUGCUCUCUGCUUCUGUUUCAGUUUUUCAAGUCCUGGAAGAAGGCUGGACUUAAUGUCCGUCUUCCACACCCCCACAUAUGUAUAGAUAUAGAUACAGAUGCAUAUGUCUGUAGUGUGUGGGUUUCUCUAUGUGUGUGUGUAUAUAUAUAUACAUAUAUAUGUACAUCGAUGCAAAGUGCUGUUGCUCUCUGUGGUUAGUGGAGGCAGGAGGAGGAGGGCAGUGGUCAGCUGGGGUUUGCGAUCAGCACUGGCUGCACAUUGGCCAGGUGCUUCACAUCUGUCUUGGGGGCUUCUUUCUCCUGAAACAGGAUCCACGCCUCUCAGCGGAAUUCUCCAUUUGUCUCCUACCUUCUCCCACCCAGAGUAGAAAUGGGGCCUUGCUGUGAUUACUGGCUGCCUUCUAUGGGGGUUCAGCAAUGAGUUACUGCAGAACUAAAUUCAAGCCUUUAUUUCUUGGUUCCUGGGUGAAGAAGGGGUGGCCAGGCACCCAGACCUGCAUCUUUCUUCCUUCCAGCGCAGCUCACGCUGCAGAAGUAGAGGCUACUCAGCCAUGGGGCUAAAGCAAGCCCCUGGUGCACAAAUCCAGCUCAUCCAUCGGCACCCUUCCGCCCAGCCAGGCUGUGAGCUCUGUGGCCAAAGGCUCCCCCACCGCAGAGCCACCUGUGCUAGCGCCAAGCUGCCGGCUCUAUUUAUACCGUCUCCGGCUCAGCACUCUGCAGUGCGGUUCCACAGCGGCUGAUUGGAUCCUCCUUUCCUUUUGUGGGAGCUAAUUCUCCAGAUUGAUUAAUUACCACUUGUGCGGAGCCGCCUGUGGCUUUCCCAUACUCACCAUGUGCUGCCUGCCGACUGUUCUCUGCCUUGGGGCCUUGCUCCUCACGUGGACCUGAGCUCCAGGAGGAUGGGCUCAGGUGAAGCUAGGGCGCCUCCGGCUGCUGGGGCCUCUGGAUCCCGCCCGCUUUGCCCAGUAUCUAUUCUGUGGCUGAGGCAUAGGAAUGAAGGCGGGAGGGGUGGUGAGUAGGGUCUGGGCACUGACUCUUCCUCUGCCAAAGUCUUGUCCUGGUUCAAACUCUUAGCAUCCAGAAGCUUCAUGAGUCAUCUUCCCACUAAGAUGUGUCUCUGCCUGUAAGACAUGGUGCUGCCCAAGGACAGGGCAGAAGGCCCCGAGGGCGGGCUGGAGGGCAGAUCUGCCCCUCCCCCACUCUGUGUAGGAGCCCCGCUUCUGGCUUGGCUUAGAAUGAAGGUUCCUUGAAGUAUUUCCUUCUUGGUGCUGCUGUCUUGGUGGGUUUGGGGGCGCCCACCUCUCCCGAGUUCCCUGCUUGGAUGUGAGCCAUGGCAGCACUGGACGGCUUCUGCUGGUCUCAUGCAGCUGCCAUGGGCUUGGCCCAGUGACCUCGCAGGAUGAGGCCUUGGAUGGCUGCUGUCUCUUCUUGGCAUUUCCAUCUUAGGGGAUGGACUUCUUCUCUGCCACACAGGCCCUGGUCCUUCCUUUCACCCAGGGAGCUGAGGACCAGCUCCACCCUUGAGGUUUACUGUGCUAGUCACACCACUGCAGUUCCUUUCUGAACACAUCUGAAGGGGUCGUGGUGGGAGAGGCACAAAGGGGCUUCUGAGACUGGGCCGGGCACCCUUGGGGUGGAACCUGGGCCUUUCAGUUGAUGUGCUUCUCUGGGGCAUUGGAAUCCACUUGACCACUGAGCAACAGCUCUGCAAGGUGGAAGAGCACACAACUUUUCGGGUUCUUUUUUCCAGGUAGCACACCCUCUGCCCCCGUGCUGUGACAUGCUGCUCACUCGGGCGUCUCUCCUGGGGGAUGAUGGGAGCCAGCUUACCUGAGGUGUUGGGGUGGGAGGUGGCGGCUCACCACAAGCUGACGUGCAGCCUUUGUGCACUGGCAGUGUGGGGUUUCUCUCCCAGAGGAGCUCAGGGGGCUCAGCCAGGCCCUGGGAUGCACUGGGAUGUGGGCAUCAGGCUGUCAGCCUUCAGGAUGAAUUUGGCCAACUUUUCUGAGCAGCAUCCUGAGAAUUCCAGCCCUCAGUUUAGAAAAGAAGAGGAGAUGAUGAGGUAGAAGGCUUUGCUUCUUUUGGAUGUCAUGAGAGGCUGAGAUGCUCAGGUUGUGGCUGUGCCUUCCAGGGCACCCCUGUGCUAACCAAGGUGCUGACUCCUUCUCUGCUUUCCUCUGGCAGUGCCCAUGACCUCAGCACAUAGACCCAACACGGGGAGCCGUGCUUUUUGCUGGUCACUGAGUGGCCGCUGUGCUGUGGCUUCCCUGGCUAGGGCAAGGACGUCAGGUCUACCCAUCUCUCAGUGGCCUGCCACUCAUUCAGUUCCCAUGAGGGCUUCCUCCUGUGACAGUGUCCUCGGAGGCCAGCAGCCCUCCUGCACCCCGUGGAUGGCAAUGGAAAUUGGUGGAACACCCUCUCUCCGUGGGAUAGAGGGUGAAGAUGUCACAGGCACAAGCUUAGGUGCUGGGUAUGGGCGUGUGUGACAGCGUGGUUGUGAACAUGUGCGUGAUGGAGCUAUAGCCACCUCUAGGGACCAAUGUCCUUCAUAGUCUGCCUUUGAACAAUGGCAGUGACUACUGACCAGCUUCUUAGGACUUCUGCGCUCACUCUGUGGGAGAUCAUGCUUUCCAAACUUCCCCUUUUACCAUCUGGCAGCCUUGCAGUAGACACGGCUCAGAUGCAAACCUGCUCCUGUGUCUCAGAUGUCUGUCUGCCUCUUCAGGAUUGUGGCUGAGAACGGUGGCUAUUGCAGUGUCAGGUGACCCACAGACCAGGUAGAGGGUGAAAUGGUUCUUAGCGGGGCCUGGACGACUGCAUUUGCGUGGGGAGAGAAGAUGUGCGACGAGGCAGAGAGGCGAAGCCUGUCUCGAUUUGCUGGUGGGCUGCCGUGGGCUCCCUAGUGCUAAGCGGGGUCCUGUGCUGGAUUAUUGGGGUAGCUCUGGGCCCAGCAUCCCAGAGUGGCCCUGCCUGCAGCCAGCCUGCCUCUAAGCAGCUUCCCCCGAGAGACUGGGGGUAGGAUAGGCCUUUUGAGAUUCUACUUUCUUAGCAGGAGGGACGCCUUUUUCCCAGUGGGCUGACAGGGUCUGUGCCCUCCUUUGAGGUGGCCUAGUCCCACAGCCAUGCGCUUGGGGGAAGACUGAAGCCGGGUGGAUUGAGCCGAGUAUUUCUUGAUAUUUUUCCUUGCUCUCUGUGUUUAUUUUUGAUUUGUGAUCUAAAAUAUUUGGGGUUGAACUGAUUUAAUUUAUUCCUCUGCCCUUUUUGUGCUGAGGAAACUGGGGUGAGGUUCAAAUGUGAAAUUUUCUGAUUUUAUUUGGGGUGGGGGACAAGGUUGACAAAAUAGUAGCUUCUGGGGAGAAACAGAUUUCAUGGCGCCUCCGGCAUCUUUGGCACUGCCCACGAUCCAAAUCUCCAGGGCUGAAGACUGCGUGGCUGGAAUCUGUUUUCUCCCA